GGUGGAAACCGCCUGCAGCUCUAUCUCCGUGGUUGAGGAGCCGCCAGAGAAAAUGGAGCCGAGCAAGAUGGCGCCUGUGAAGAACGCUCCGAGGGAUGCCUUGGUGAUGGCACAGAUCCUGAAGGAUAUGGGAAUCACAGAGUAUGAGCCAAGGGUUAUAAAUCAAAUGUUGGAAUUUGCUUUCCGAUAUGUGACUACAAUUCUGGACGAUGCAAAAAUUUAUUCAAGCCAUGCUAAGAAAGCUACUGUUGAUGCAGAUGAUGUGAGACUGGCAAUCCAGUGUCGAGCUGACCAAUCUUUUACCUCUCCUCCUCCGAGAGAUUUUUUACUGGAUAUUGCAAGGCAGAAGAAUCAAAUGCCUUUGCCACUGAUUAAGCCAUAUGCAGGACCUAGACUGCCACCUGAUAGAUACUGCUUAACAGCUCCAAACUACAGGCUGAAGUCCUUAAUUAAAAAGGGACCUAACCAAGGAAGACUCGUUCCUAGAUUAAGUGUUGGUGCAGUCAGUAGCAGACCUACUACUCCUCCUGUAGCACCCCCACAAGCAGUAUCUGUCCCAAAUAAGGUUUCAACUCCAGUGUCAAUGACAAGCCAAAGAUUUGCCAUGCAGAUUCCACCUUCUCAGUCCACAUCUGCCAAACCAGCUCCUGCAUCGACUUCAGUCCAAAAUGUUCUGAUCAAUCCUUCAAUGAUUGGGCCCAAAAAUCUUCUCAUUGCCACCAACAUGGUUUCCUCACAGAGCACAGCCACCGACUCAAACCCACUAAAGAGGAAGCAUGAUGAUGAUGAUGAUGAUGAUGAUGAUGAUGAUGAUGACACUAUGUAAGAAAUAGUCUGGUCUGAUACAUUAACAUUUUCGUGUGUUUGGGCCCAUAUGGUGGACUCAACAGCCUAGGUCUUCGUAAGUUUUAUCUUAGAAAUGUAGUGGCAGUAUUUUUCACAUUAGUUACAUCUGGUAGGUUGUUACAAUGCAUACAAAUGUUUUCUCAGUAGGCUUCAGGUAUACAAGUACUUGCUUCUAGACAGCUUCAUUAAAUGUCGAGUCUCACCAUGGCAGCUCUAUUUUUAGAAGCAGUUUUCCGCUAUGUGUCACUGACCGCAGCUGACAGCAGCGCUUGGAUUUCAGAUCCUGGUCUCAUUUACAUUUAAACAGGACUUUUUUUUUUGAUAGUGAACUAUUCACAUUGUCACUUUUUUGACCAAAUCUCUCAAUUUAGGAAACUUUUUUUUGAAACAAUGGAUUUAGAAGUGUGCUAAACCCAUUUUGAGUAUAUUUGGGUUUUAGUCUUUCCUAAUUCCCUAUCUAGAUCUAGUUAGGUUUUUGUUCCCACCUCUCAUCGCCUUAAGUCACUUGCCAUUGCACUUAAAUUUAAUAGACUGUGACUGGAAUUUGUAAUAUGCCCUAAAUGCCUGGCACUCUGGAGUUCCCUUGAACUUGAGUGUCUGCAUUUGCUCUUUCUCACUCCAUAACAGAGCAUUUGGGUCUCAGCCCUUGCCUUUCAUGCCUAUUAGUCUAGCUCUUCUCAUUGAUUGGCAGUUUUGCAUCAAUUACAUUCAGUUGCAUUCCAAGUUGCUAGCUUCACAGUCUUUCAUGUUUAUAAUUUAAGAUAUAACUUAAAACCUGCCUUGGUAAGUAAUUUACACUGGACCCAGACAAAACCAGUGAAGAGCUUUGUUGUUUUUCUUACCACCUGCAUAUGCUUUGGUCACUACUGCUUGAACCAGUCCGUUGGUUUCAUUCAGAUCACCUUUCUAGUUUGCUGCUGAGGUUGCCACACAUAAGAUGGGAUCAAGCCUGAAGGAAGAUUCUAAUGAUUCUCUUUCCCUAUCAGGCCAACAGGGAAAACAGAUUAGUGUCAUCAUCUGACUCCAUUUAAGUACCCUACAGAAUUUCCCAACCAUAUUUCUAUACACUUUGCUUUUAUAAAUACCUACAAGACUCAUUGGAAACAGCAAAGCUUUUUUCAUAUAAGAACCUUUUUAAUUUGGUUUAAGUUCCACAUAGCCAAUAUCAGAAAGAAAUUUCUGAAACUUUCAUGUCACUUAAAAUUUAUAGCCAUGGAUCAUCAAAAUUUACUAAUUAUCAACAUAGGAUGGUGUUUGACACAUGAAAUAGAUGAGUAACAAGACAGAAAUAUUUCAUGUCAGUUUGAAUUGUCUAGGAAGGUUAGGGAAAGCUGAUCUGUUCAGUAUCAUAAGAGAAAUGUGUAGUAUACAACACAGAUGUCAGGACUUGAAUGUUCUCAGGGAGGCAGAAUACCAGAAAGCCUAGGUUCUAGUAUUAGUUUCAUUUACCAACAAUGUGACCUUACUUUACCUCUGAGCCUUGUUCUCACUUGUAGUAGGGAAAUAAAAUAACAUCUACCCUGCCUACCUCACAGGGAUGUUGUGAGGGUUUAGCUAGUGUGUGUGAAAGUUCAAGAUUGUAAAAGCUAUAUAAUUAUUAAUGUAUGUUUCAACGUUAUUAAUAAAAAUUUAACUUUAA